AUGGCAUUGACCCGGGUCAAGGGGAGCGCGAGGAGGAGGGAGAGGCCGAGUCUGCGUCCGGGCGAUGGUGGAGGGAGAGGGGAGGAUGCGAUGAGUAGUCUGGAAGCAGCGAGAGAGCCCACAGACUUGCUGUCUGACGGGUACGAGAGUGAAGACUCCAACAGCGAACGAGUCAUCGCCCUCCUCAAAAGCGGAAUACGCGCAAGGCAGUCGGACAACCUGUGUGGAGCUCGAUCGCACUUUGCUCGGGCAGCAAGGAUACAGCAAAGCAGGGGAAGGCAGAGGAGCAAACUUGAUCUGUGGUUGAGGUCGUUGGCAGAUUCCUGGGGAAAGGCGAGAGUGCGAAAAGCAGCAUUGGAUGUACAAAGGACGUAUAGAGGCAUGCUCGGAAGAGAAGAGUGCCGAUGGAUAAGGCAUGAUCGGAUGAAGCAACAGAGAGCGAAGACGGACAAGCGACAAAGAGCGCUAUCCAUACAGGUAGAGGCAGCAAAGGUUGCACAGAGACACGUUCGUCGCUUCUUGGCGAUGAUCAGUUUUGAUGCGGCGACGCAGCACAAGGUGAAGGAUUGUGCGGCCUCUUGCAUGCAGGGAUACCUCCGACGUCGCUUGCAGAAGGAAUGGAGUAGCAUGCGACAAGAUCUGCCUCGCUGGCUGCGGACGUUUGUUGAAGUGAGGAGGUACAGAAAGCUGAGAGCAGCCAGCACCGAGCUUCAGAGUCGAAUACGCAGGAGAGGGUGCGCUUCUAUCCAACAAAUCUGUUCCUCCCAUUCGAUCAUCUCACGUUAUAUGAUGAUGCUCAAGCAGCGCUCGGAGUUCAACGCAAUGCAGAUCUUGGGACCUUAUCUGGUGUCGCGGAACGCAAGGAAACAUUGGUGUAGACUGCUGCAGUCUCAUGAAACCAUCGCUGCUCGCCUUGUAAGAAUUUGUGUUCAGAUGCAAAAGGAGAGGAGAUUAGAGGCGCUGGCAUGUUUGUGUUCGUGUUUUCAAAGAAGUUGGUCUGUUCGCGAAUAUUCUAAGCUCAUCGAACAAUCCGACAUGACAGUACGUCACAACAGCUAUGAAAGAAUCGCACAGACUGUCGUAAUGUAUCGUGACCGAAGAGAGUUCUUGACAUUCAGGGCUAGCACAAUUUUGUUGCAAGCUCGUUUGCGACGCUCUCUCGAAUAUGCCUUGGUCUGCUUUCAUCUUGUUUCGAUGAAGACCUUGCAAGGAGAACACAAAGAGAUGCCACGAGACGUUUCACACGAUGAGUGCCCAGCAAUUCAGAACGAGCAUGAAGAUCAGAUUGAGGAGCUUGAAUCUGAGAACAGUCUGCCGUAUCAGACGCAGCAACUCAAAUCAGUCUUCGUGUUCUCCUUCACUGCCCAGGAGUUGAAAGACGACGACCUUGUUCUACUUACUCGAGAGCGAGAGCGAAUCAGCAGGAGAAUGGCAAGAUCGCAAGGCGAUGUCGAGCUCUUGUUUCCUCAUGAGCUGGCCUGUGGAAGCCCCAUAGCUUCUCGCCUCGCUUUGAGGCAUCUGAUGACGAGCAAGAAGUGA